UUAAAACAAAUGACGAAUUCAUUAUUAAGAAAUUCUUGUCAUUUUUCAACGUAAACAAUAAUAUUAUGAACUAAUCCGCCUCGACGCAUCUUCUCCUCCUUCUGCAAAAGCUUCCGUCAGGAGGAGUGACAGCGGGAGACCGGCAAGUUGGGGGCGACGACCGGAUGGAGAGAUGUCGGAUGGCAACGGGACGACGACAGAGUUAGGCAGGAUGCGGCGGGAUGGGAACGAGGAAGCUGACGGGAAAUUAACGGCAUGAUGGCGUAGUGACGACGGGAAGAUGGUGACCUGACGACGUGUCCACGGGACGCCGACGUCGGGAUGACAACGAGACACAAGCGUUGGGCUUGCUGACGAAGCUUGGUUGUUGGGGAACGGGACGACGGGUGUUGCUGAGUCUCCGAAUGGUGUUCGAAACGAGCUUCGCGCCGAGUGGAUGCCGACGGCGAGAAGGUUUAGGGUUAGAGAGGACAACCGUCUUUCUAUAAUGGCUUCGGCCGUCUCUUAAUAAAUCAUGGGUUUCAUUUUCGUUUUUCAUUUUAAUUAUUAUUAUCAUUAAUAUUUACUAUAUUCCUUUCUUGUCCUUCUAGGUAGUUAGUCAAUAAUUAAUAAUGUUUUUAUCUCUCCUCUUUCUAUUGGCUAGAAUAGGUUUAAGAUCUUUCUUAAAGAAUGGGGCUUAAGGACAAUGAUCCAACCCGUGAAGAAUCUUAUGGGCUUGGUCUUGACUCUUGAGAUGCGGCGGCAGAGCAAAUUGGUUGUAAGUUAAUAAAGCUCGCACCACUGGGAGCCCAUUGCCGCCCAUUUUCCCGCUACCCAUUCCCCAUGGACCUUUUUUUUUAUGGGAACGGCCACCAUUUUCGAAAUUUACCCACGCACUCACAAAUCUCCCUCUUCUUCGCCGUCUCUCUCUCUCUCUCUAGCUCGCUCACCUGUCUUCCCACGGAGAACCGAAAGUGGAACCAGAGGAUGAGCGAACUUGGGGUGGAAGAUGAAGAAUGGGAAGUAGAUUUCCUCGAGGCGGUCAACCAGGCCGAAGAACUCGCCAAGGCUUGCUCCUCUUCCUCUUCUUCCAAAUCCAAACCCUCGUCUCCACCCCCCGCCACCGUCGCCUACUUGCCGCACCCACCUUCGCAGCUUCCGUCCUUCCACUAUCGCCAACCUACGCCUUCCCGUCCCGCCGCCGUAAAUUCUUCUAUCAGUUACUCGCCUCCGCGGGAGCUAACUCAAAGGCCCCUCAAUGGUGGAUCCUCUUUGCCCCGCUCUUCUCCCCCUUCCGUUUCUCCCCCGACCGAUGGGGCCAAAGACGAAGAAAUUCAGCGAUUGAAGAAGGACUUGGAACGGUGCUCUAAGCAAUUGGCUGUAGCGGAGCAUGAAUGCUCUGAACUAAAGAAGGAGAGGGUUAAGAAAGACGAGCAGCUUAAGUACUCACGUUCUAGUUUCGAUGUUAACUCUUCAAACGCUAGGAACUUUUGCAAGGAAAGGGAAGGGUUUGCUGGGAAUGAUGCUCAUGGAGUUUGUUUCAAGUCUGGAGAUGCUAAAGUUGUGGAGGACCGUCAUAGAGAUAGAUUGACUUCAUCCUCCAAGGCUGUUGGGAUUCAGACUGAUAUAGAUUGUGAUCCUGUAAGAGAAAAUGUAGGCAAUCGGGCAUCUUCUUGCUCUCCUUUUCCUGAGAACUUGCUUUCUGUGUGGGGAUCUACAAGCCGCCAACAGGCAGGGAGACAUCUAUUCUCUAAGUUACUGACAGCCUGUCCAGCAGAAUUUCGUGUUCUUUUUGGGAGCAUGAGCUUGAGUAUGUCCGCUGCAGUUCCAGCAAGUGCAUCUUCUGCUUCGGUUGUGAACCAUAUACACAGAUUUGAUACAUUCGAUGCCACAAGAGUAUCCGAUUUGUAUAAUGUCAUGAUAAAGAUAAGCAAUGGGCUGCUGAAGAUGGAGGCUUUUUUUGGACCCUUGCUUGAUCUCUGUGGUGUUAAAAAUGUAGAAAUUUCACGUAGCUGUUUGUGCAUACUGCAUGUUCUUCUGAAGCAUCUUUUGAGUUUCGGAAGGGAAUCGGGAAGAAGGGACAAUGUCAAAGUUGAGGGACUUCACCAUGACAACAGCGGGAAGGAUACAACUUUGUUGAGUGUCAUUCAGGGGCACAAGGAGUCUUAUGAUGUCUCGAACACAUUUGGGAUUAGAAAUCGUGACCCCCAAAUUCUUAGUCAAGAUGGAUUUGCAGAUAGCAGCUUUGCAUCUCCUGUGGCAUGUGUAAACUGGCAUUUACUAUUCGAAAUGAUGCUACAAAUUUCCACGGAAGAUAUUGAAGUACGGGUGCGGUUUGAGGCAAUAUCUAUCCUGAACUUGGUUGUCAUGAGAAGUAAUGCGUCUGCGGAAAGGGAAAAGUUUGGCACUAAAAAGGUACUGGAGAGCAUAGCACGAUUUCUCAAAAAGGAAGCUGGCUUGUCCGUGCAAAAGGAAGCUGUUCGCCUGCUGUUUUUGCUCCUAAACUGUCCCAAGCUACUGGUCAGUUUCUGCUCUAGUUGCAAUCAGCAGAGUGCCAAUGCUGCAAAAGAUGCGGAGACUGUCUCUAAUGGCAAUGUAUGCAGUCUCAUCCUCAGUGGCUUGGCAGAAUGCAUUUCUUGCCGUGGCAAUAGUUUGCAGGACAUAGAACUUUGCAAAAGGGCUAUUUCUACACUGGCAUUCGUGGCUGCUUCUGAGAAGUCUGGUUAUGAAAUUCUUGUUGGUCGCCGACUAGUUGGAGGCGGGAAUUUUCUUAUGCUGAUCUUGCAAGAAUUGGCAUCCGAAACCAACUUCGAAGGGUCAUCAGUUUCAGUGGAACCUGUAGAAAAAGUUCGAGCAAGGACGAUGCUAAUUAGGGAGGCACUGAUACUACUUAAUAGACUCGUCUCCAACCCAGGUUCCUCGGCAAUAGUGCUGCGGGUGUUAACAGGUAGCAGAGACAUGGCGAGCUUGACGAUUGAGGUUGCAAGCAGGUUGUCUUCAAAAGAACAAACGCCAAUGCCAGGGUACUACUGCAGCAGACCAACGUGGCAACCGAUGGAGUCCGAAGUUAUGGAACUGGCUCACAAAUUCAAGAGAAGAGUGUUUGCUUACUUAGGAUCCAUGGUUACUUGAAUUGGACCAUGCAAAGGUUUUUGAGCUUUCUGUUCUACAGCAGAAGAUUAUUCCGGCUGGGGCUUAAAUAACAAGCUUUCUUGCUUGACUCUCCACAAUUUUGGCGGCUAUGGUGGAAAGAUCGAACAGUGUCCAGAUUCCUUUUUGGGGGUGCUCGCCGGAGACUGACGUUUGUCCCUUCCAGAGGAUCUCAGUCUCAGCUUAGUCUGGUGCAAAGAGGCGGUCUUUCUCUUUCCCUGGUUCUCUGUUUACUGUUGUAUUAUGUAUCAUGUGAUUUUGGUAGGGAGAGAACCAAAAGGAAUGAGCCCCCUGUUUCUUCCCGGUUAAGUGCAUGAGUUCAGUAUUAAGCUCUCCUGCUUACGGUUCUUGAACGUAUGAACAUCUUCCAUUAGACUCUCCUGCUAGCCCCAAUUGGACGAAGUGACAAAUUACAAGGGAAAAAUCAAAAAUACAAUCAAGCACCUGUUGUAGAAAGCAAUAUUGGAAACAGGUGAGGUGAGCUCUAGAUUUUGUAUGACUAACGUGUGGAUCCAGUUUUUGGAAGACAAAGAGGUGUUGAUACCACCAUGGCACCAUUUUUUAAUCUUAUCUAAGAUGUGGAUCCUAUCCAUUAGAACUAGCCAGGAGAUUGAGGAAUUCAUACAUCACUUCUACUAUAUUAUAAAGCAUUGGUGCUUUAAUGUACAACUUGAAGUUGUACUAUAACGUUAAAUGUGUAAGUUCAUGUUGUACUAUAAAGGAAUUUGUAUCCUUAUAUUAUGAUACAACUUUACAACUUACAAGUUCAAGUUGUACCAUAAAAGAAUUUGUACAAAAGAGUAUAUGCACAAUACAAAAACCUAUUACAUCAAUACUAUAUUAGCAUUGUAAAAUUACUCGGGAACAAAUCAGGUCAGUAACCUUAUGGUGAGUAACCAUGAAUAACCCGCCCACAUCAAUAUGACAUCAGCAUCCCUCUCUCUCUCCUGGAACGUCUUUAAUUUUCCCCUCCUUAAUCUUUGACGGACGAUUUCUCACUUGCAUGGUUGUCACGCCGGCCGGCGUGCCACCUGUUGUACCGGAUUCAACUGAUGUCAAUUAUAAAAUCGGAGUGACACCACCGGUAUGAUCGGAAUGAUCGAUAUACGAAUCUCUAAAUAAAAUGACCUUAUUUUAGAGAAUUUAAUUGAUAAAGAUUAUUUUAUUAUUUAUUUUAUGAGUAUAAAAGUUAAAUAUUGAUGUUAUUUGUUAGAUUCAAGUAUAAAUGUUUAGGUAUUAACGUUAAAUGUCAUGUUUAAAUAUGAGUAUUUAUAAUUUUAUUUGUAAUAUUGACCGGCAUGAACCAGCACAAACCAGUAUGUGCCACCGGUUGAACCAUUCCACUUGCUAAACCGGCACACUGGCACAAACCAGUUUGACAACCUUGCUCACUCGUUUUAAGUCGAAAAUUAAUUUUAUUUUUCCACAGUUAGAUCAGAUUAAUUGCGCUCUUCAAAAUGAUAUCCACUUUGAUGUAUUUUUUGGAAAAAAAAUUUUGAGUCAUUUUUUACCAGUCUAUACCAUAUGGUAUUGACUGGUAUUGAAAUAAGAGUAUACCUAUGGUUUGAAAACUGUACCAUGGUGGUAUGAACUAACCAAGACUAUAGGAUGGUUGAACACAUGAUAGUAGAAGUAUAUUAAUUGUCAUUUACGACUUUUAACAUUGUGUACCACAAGAUACCACCCCGUACCAGUGUGGUAUUGUGUGGUAUUUUUUGGUCUUGUAAUUUGUUCACCCACAAAUUUGUAGAUCCAAUAGAUCAUGAUGAACUCGUCCCUUCUGUGCAAACGUUUUCAAAAACGAAUUAAAAACGAAGAAGAUAUCAUAUGGUAUGCAGUUGGUACCGAGAGGUCAAGAUUUUUUUUCUCAAAAAAUAUUGAAAAUUGAU